AUGCUCGUGAAGUUCUAUUCCGGAUUUGUUUUUGCAGUGGACUUAGAUAACGGGCUCAGGGUCUGGGAAGCUGGGAGUCUCAAGUCUUGCUUAGCAAGGAUUCCUGUCGUGGACUCUCCUGAUGCCCCAACAGCAUUGGUGGCAACUCAGCACCAACGACAAAACUUGAUCGAAGUCGCUGUGGGGUUUGAGAGCGGCCGUUUUAGUGUGUAUUCAUUUGAUACCAAAAUAUUGCAGCUGUGUCUGCACUUCUCUAAAACUACUAACGGUCCCAUAACUAUGGUUGCCUUGUCAUUCCCUUACCUUCUAAUGGUCACACAACAUAAGGUUUUGUCACUGUAUAAGAUCCCUCCUGAAAAGGACAAAUCGGCCCAACUUGAAACGACAGAGGGCCUGUUGCUUGCGUCACUCAAAGCGGAUAGUGCUCUAGCCCCAAUGUCAUUAUCUAUACGUGCUGUGGGCUCGGAAAUUAUAGCCGCCAUUGUGUACAGCUUUUUCCACAUAGGGUGCGGAUGGUCAUUGGGCAUACAAGAGUUGCACUUCAACAAGAUCGGCCAUCAAAAAAAAUGUCGGCUUGCAACGACAGUGGACUCCCAAUAUGGAAUGGGGUCUCUCUUUUCCCCCACUGGCGGUCGUUUAUCCGCUGUGGGCUAUGAAAACGCACAUGGUCAGCAACAUGCAGGACAUACCGAUCCGUCCAUCCUACAUCAAGAACCACCAACCUCGGUCUCCUACUCUCAUCCUUACCUUUUAACUUCCCAUGUCGACAACACCUUGACAAUGUACCUUGUCGUAUCUACAGCUGCUAGUCUCUUCAUCAGAAGUGGCCGGCGGCUAUGGGGUCACACUUCAUCAGUUUCAACAGUACAGGUCAGUGAUCGUGGUAAAGCAGUUUCUGUUAGCUCGCGGGGAGGUGAAGUUAGGAUAUGGGAACUAGAAGCUCUGGUCUCAUCCGUCGGUACCCAUGGGGCCCCGAGAGGUGACAUCAGUAUCCAGGCUAGCCCUGAGAAUAAGCAAAGUCAGGAGCAUAGAGAUCUUGAUGUACUGUCUGAUACUCCACUUUGUCAAAUUGGUGAGACCAGAUACAUCCAUUCCCUUUCUGCGUAUAUACCGCGUGAGCUGGCUCAAUUGGGCAGUUGUAUUGGAUUUGAUGAUGAACGAGUACUAUUACUUCGGGAGAAAGAGGUUGGGACGCAAUUACUUGAGCUUUAUGACUUCACAUGA